AUGGCACCAGCGACUCGGUCAGUUGGCUCCUCGCAGGGUGCAGAUAUGGUGGGCCUUACAAGCGCAUCUCAACCGUCGUCUUUGCACGAGCCGGAGGUCAUAGAGAUUGACGACGAUGACGAAGACGAGGAAAUCAACGAUGCAGAAAGCGACGGCGGCGAAGAAGAAGUAGACGAAGACGAAGACGGCGGCGGUGACGAAGACGAGGAAGAAGAAGUUGAGGAAUCCGGUGAAGAUGUCAAUGGAGCCGAUUCCGUGAUGGAAGACGCUGGCGUGGAAUCCGCGGAGAGUGACCAUGGCGCCCAGGCGACAGCCCCAGCUUUGUUUACUUCUUCGGGAGUCCAACAAGCCUUACAUCCCUUGCGACGUACUGCCGACCGUGUCACGCGCCAAAUGGAAGCCUUUGCGGAGAAGCUGGACCGUUUCAAGCAGCAGGAGCACCGGCCCGGCGACAUAGGUUCCUUCCAGGCCGCCUACUCACUUGUUAAGGGCUACCAGCGGCUCAGUCAAGAUGCGAUCCAGGAAAUUUCGAAACAGAAUACAUUGCGACGGGCGAAGCUGGGCUGGAAUUCAAGCCGUGAAAACGGGACGGACGGCCAAAGCGUACCAAAGACCGAAGAAGAAUUGAAGAGACUCCAACUCGAAGUGGAUACCUGGGAGAUCCUGCUCAACUUGAUCGCUAUAGACGACCCGUCAUCUCGUGCUCACGCCAAGCAGUCGCAGGAGUCGGCGUUCCAAAACUUGCACCGCUACUCUUCUGACCGAGAAAUCUGGGAACAAUUUCUGGAUGCGGAUCACUAUGCAAUGGAGUGCGUCAUUGUCAUGAAAUGGCUCGAGCAUACAGCGCGGGCCUCAAGCCAAGAAAUUGAUUCCUUAAUCUCGGAACUAGAGGCGCAGGCGGAAAGAGGGCAAGGACUCUGGGCGCACGGUUGGCUCUAUACCAAGGAGACAAUCAAGGGGCAGAAACGACUGCGGUCCUGGCCUCAACCUCUAGAACCAGACGACCCGGGGAUUACACUAUCGCUCUUGAGCUCGGAAAAGCAAGAACCGUUGAUUACCCAAUUAGACCCAGAUGCCGUCAUUCGGCAGAAACAGGGUUUGCAGAAACAAGAUCAGUUCUACGAACGGGCUACGUGGUUGACCUGCUGGAAAAUGCUGAGACAGGGUGAAAGCUGGACCAAGAUCCGAGAAUGGUCUCAAGAGCGCUUGGAAAGCUGGCGCGCUGUGAGUUUAUGCGGCUCAAGUGUCGACGAACGGUCUUCUGUCGGCAAAACACCUGUUGAUGACAGCAUGACGCGAAUGAUGAACUGCCGCUCCCAGGACACUUGGCGAGCAGCCUGUUCUGCCCUGGCGCGAGACCCGAAUACCGAAGACUUUGAAAAAGCAGUAUAUGCCCUACUUUGCGGCGAACUUGAGCCUGCUUACAAAGUUUGUCAAAGCUGGGAUGACUACCUCUACGUCUUCUACAACCACAUACUACUCUCACGCUAUCGGCAGUUUUGUACUCAGUUCUCCAGGAAACUGAACCACUCGCCGACAGCAAAUGUGCCGUUUGUGCCUGAGCCUCCGAGCUACAGUGAGGUUCACAACUUCUUGCAGACUGUGAAGAGCAACGAGCGCGUCGGUGUCGAGGCUCGCAAUCCGUACCGUACAAUCCAGGCAGCUAUUCUGAGCAAGAAUUAUGAUUCAUUCUUCCUUUCCAUCGCGAAUGCCGCGUCGCAAGCCAGUAAAGCGUCCGGGAAGCCUCACCUAAUUCCGGAUGUUAAGGCCACCCAUGUGGAGGACUCGGCACUGAUUGCAGCACAAGACCGGGACGCACUGCGGAUUAUCGCGCAUUUGUAUAUCAUUACGAGGUCUCUGGGUUACACUCGCUCCGACUCUCAUUUCUCCGAGACCGCAGCACUGAAUGUGGUUGCGUAUAUCGAGAUCCUACACCAGGCCGGGCUCCUCGAUUCCAUCCCACUUUAUGCGUCCCUCUUGCCUGCGCAGUUGUCUCAGAAUGCCCUCGCGCGGAUUCUGAUUGACGUCGUCGAUCCUCGAGAGAGGAAGAAGCAAGCCAAAUUGAUCGAAAAGCAUAAGAUUGAUUUGAAGGCUGUUCUGGAACGGCAAUGGAAUUGGGUCCAUUCAGAUGUGAUUAAGAAAAAGCAUCCCGAUUCCACAAUCCGCCUGUCACGAACUGUUCGCGGUGUGAGAAACGAUCCUAAGAUAUUGCCUGUGAGCAAGAAAUUCGUCGGGGCUUCUAUAUCCCCGGAGGAUGAACGGGCAAUUCGCUGUCUGGAAUGGCACAAAUACCUUGACGGGCAAUGGGCGGUUAUUUGUGAGCUUGGCACAUAUCUGUAUAAGCAAUUCUUUGCUUCUGGGAGUCUGAUCGCAUGUCGAGAAUUGAGCAAACGCGUGGAGCUCUCGGAGACUUCCCGGGAGAUAUUAGGCUUCGACAUUACAGAAGCUCCUCUUCUGGAAGAGGACGGACUCGAGAAUAACGUGUCGGAGCCAACUAGCCCAAUAAAGAGCCCUUCAAAGAAAGCACGGCUGCGUCAGCUGAGCACCGCCGGGUCCGAGUCUCAAAAUAGCCGGAUAGAGAUGUAUCAACAGGCUCAGAUCAUGCUCGAGUUGGAACAGCUCACUAUUGCAUUUGAUGCUCUGGAGAAUUUUCAACUCAUUUGGGACGAGCAUGAACGGAGCAAAGGGUCACAAGACGCAGAGCAUUUGCGGGAGCUUAAAGAGAAACUUCAGGAGGCUUUGGACCAUGCUGGCGCAUACAUUGAAUCUCUUUUCGAUGGUGUGCUAACAGAUGCCCGGGAUGAAACCGAGGCGGCAGAGCUCGAAUUCAUCCGACACACAUACAUUCCUGAAGUGUUGCUCAACUAUCAUAACGCUCUGUACUACGGGAGCCUCAAACUCUCGCGCGACAUUCUUGUUCAGUGCAUGAACCUAUCCAUAUGGAUAGCAAGGGAUCAGAGCGUGAUCGAUAGUUUCAUGGCGUCGAACCGGAUGGGCGAGCUUGUGGAUGCAUUGGCAUUAUCGAGCGCGGCCAUGGUCAACAGUCCCCUGCCAAAGGGCAAGAAGAAAUUCGACUACGGAGGCCGACUCGAUAUCUGGCAUAUCAAGGCCGAGAAUCGAGGUGAGAAGUCCGACAAGACUUGA